UUACCAUCCCUCGACCCUAGACUCCCUCUGAAUAAAACAGUGACAGAGGGAAACUCGUUCACUCUUCACUGUUUGCCGCUGGGAAAUACGAACGCUGUUAAUGUAACUUGGAUAAGGAACAAUAGUAGUAGCACUCCAUUUGCCGUGUCUGUAAACAUCACAGUCAACGCUACCAGAUUUGACGCGGGUGAAUACAACUGUGUAGUAACCAAUGGAGUGGAGUCUGUUAUUUCGCCGACUGCUUAUGUCGAUGUUCUGUGUAAGUAUGUGGCUAACAAACACAUGGGGCUUUUAUAAAUGUAAAUAUAACAAAUAAAUUAAUGUAUUCUUCGCUCCAGUUGCCUUAAUUAAGUUCAAAGGGAAAACAUUAACUUGAUCUAUAUUACCUCCCGUAAGCGACUACCCAUAACACUAAGAUCUGCAAACAGCCCGCUGGAAGUGACCGUUUACCAGACCUUUCAGUAUAAGUUCUUUUUGGCAGGAAAACUGAAUUUUGUUUUUUGCAAUAGAUGUUCUGACAUGAAGGGCGGAAUGCAAUUAUUCUUCAUCUGAAUUUCUCAGUUAUUUUCAAGGAAUAAUUUCAGGUUAUAAAACGUUCAAUAGUCUUGCAGAUUCAAUUCAGUACGUGGAUGUUGCUAAAACAUACGUGUCUUGCGUUACGCAAAGAUUUUAAAGAAAAGUACACGCGGCCGACUUCACCAGUACGAGGGCACAGAAAACAUUAAGUACUUACAAAUGUUUGUUGUUGUUGUUUUUAUUUUGUUUUGUUUAAUUUUUCUCUGCAGACCCACCAUCACUAGACUCCAGCUUUCCCUAUAAUCACACGGUCACCGAGGGCAAUAAUCUCACCCUUCAAUGCAAAGUGACAGCUGCCAAUCCCACACCAAACAUCACGUGGUACAAUGUUUCUACCAAUAAAACACUGAUAUCAUACAAGGGCAACUUGACGUUUGGACUUAUGACCAGAUCUCAUGCAGGGAGAUACCAGUGUGUUGUCGAAAAUGGAAUCGGGCAAGCUGCAGUAUCAAGGAUUAGUACCGUUGAUGUGCAAUGUAAGUUGAUUGAAAUAAUGUUACCAAGGUAUUGGGUGUCGUCCCUCAGGUUCUUGAUCACUUUAGACCGUUUUGCAAUUGCAUUAAUUAGAUGAUAUCAGUUUAAAUUUGCUGAAUCUGUGAGAACCGAAUAGAGACAUUGUGGUCCCUAGGUCGCACGUGGUAGUUGUUGAAACGAGACCCCAGAUGUUCAAUGUUGGACAAAAGCAUUUUCCAGCAGUUAGCGCUUUCUUUUUCAUGAAUGUUCUUGAUAUCGUUUUCGUAUCCAUGAAAUAAACUAUAUUUCCGAAGGAUAACGUUAUUCAUUUUUGGACUGAAAAGCCUGAACCUGAAAUUAACUUCUUAAUAAAGGGAGCUUCCUUUUACACUUAUGUUCACAAAAUAUUUAAGGACUUUGCUGAGAGAAUUGUGAAAACUGGUGAUGUGAAGUUCAAUUCUCCUGAAAACCACAUACCCAUAAGAGAAUUGAGUAGUUGUUGAAAAAAUAUUACUGUAUUCAUAACAACUUUUAGGAGAAAAUGUGCGCUUACAGCAAGGAACCCAAACGUGCGACCGAUUUAGAUUUGUUCACAUUCUUUAGUAAAGAUUUCAUCCAAUCAGAAGCCAGCUGGAAACUGUCCCCGACUUCUGAUUGGUUGAUGUCUGCAUGAAAAGGGUGAGUUAAUUAAACGUGGUCUCCAGGAGGGAGGGGCCGUCUCUAGGGUAAACAUUGGUUCACUGAUCACUGCCAGUGUGACGUCACGUCAUACAUCGGUGAUUUUCAAAAUGGCGAGCACAUUUCUUUUUCGUUACGUUGCAAAGGAUGUCAAUUUUCCGAAUGUUUGGAUUCAUCUUUUGCCGUCUUCAAUAAGGCAGAGCUUUUUUUUUCUGGUGGUCUCACUUUGGGCUCCUUGCUAUAAGACUCUCUCUUUGAAGAUGGGAGGUAUAUGUUGACACUCCUUAUACUUCACUUUCAGAUCCACCCUUACUCGAUGUCACAUAUCCACGUGACCACACAAUCACCGAAGGCAGUACUAUUACUCUUCAGUGUAAAGUGACAGCUGCCAAUCCUCAGCCAAACAUCACGUGGUACAGUGUUGCUAUAAAUAACACAGCACUAUCGUAUGGGGUCAACUUUACAUUUGUGAACAUCUCAAGAAAUCAUACAGGGAAAUACUAUUGUCUUGUGGACAAUGGUAUAGACAAGGCUGUGACGUCACGAGUCAGUACAGUUAAUGUGCAGUGUAAGUAUACGGCUUAGAAUAACUUAUUUUUUCAAGUCGGGAGUGAUAGUGUUGGUUAGAAUAGGUAAGAUGCAGAUUUCUUUUAUUCUAUAGCACUGGAAAACUCUAUCGAUCUAUGAAAGUAGACGUGGAACCUUGGCUGUUCGGCUCUUUUUGAAUGACAUUGAAUUGUCUUUGCAUUUCUGAUAAGUUAAGCCUUCAUCUCUUCCAAUUAUGGGAACGUCGGACUGGAAUCCGAGCAUAUAGGCCCCGGGAAGUAAUGGUCGCAUAAAAGAAUGGAGCGCACGAGGGAGAAACACACCCCGUUCUUUCUUGCAAAAGAGCUUCCAAGCGCCUGCUACGCAGACAAUUUCAGAUAUAUUCCAGUCUGUGUACUCUGUUUUCGCGUUCAUAUCAUAAAGACAGGAACUCACCAAUAAUCUUUGUCUUCUUUCAGAUUCCCCAUCAUUGCAAACCACGUACCCUCGUGACAACACGGUCGUAGAAGGCAAUAAACUUACUCUGCUAUGUAAAGUGAAGGCUUCUAAUCCGAGGCCAAACAUCACGUGGCACAGUGUUUCCGCAAACAACACAGUACUAUCUUAUGGAGCCAACUUCACCUUUUCUAAAAUCUCAAGACAUGAUGCUGGAAAGUACUGUUGCGCUGCUGAUAAUGGUAUCGGCAAAGCAGUCAUUUCAAGGAUCAGCUCAAUCGAAGUACAUUGUAAGUAG